AUGGCGUGUUUCAAUUUCACGCACUUUAUUAUCAAUCAAUUAAACUUGCAUAAUAAUAAAGAUUUCAAAAUCAAUUCUAAUUUCAUUGAUUCUAUUGAACAGAUUUAUUCAAAAGCUUCUCAACAUUAUAAUCCAUUUGUGACAUCAUCUUAUAAACCACAAGUCUAUCAACUUCCAUUACCGGGAUUAUUUGUUCAACCAAAUUCUUACGUCAAUGGAGCGAAUAUUUUCACUUCCCAUCCAGUUACAUAUGGUGGACAAUUUCAUACUCAACAAGUUCCAUUCCAUCAAUUCACAUACAACCCAAUUCAACCAAUAAAUCCAGUGAUUCACACUGCACCGAUUGCCAGUUUCUCUAACAGUUACCAAGCACCUGCAAACUCAUUUUAUCCUGGCCAACAACUUCAUAAAUUUCCAAUCUACCAUCAACAACCACAGUUUUACCAUGUGCAAACAUCAUUUCAACCUCAAAAUUACAAUAAUCAGUUGAAACAAUUUCCCAUUUCGUCAUCGACAUCUCAUCGUAUUGUGGCAUCUAAGCCUUUAGCUUUUCAAUCUAUAAUUCCACCUACGCAACCAUCAUCAACAUCUCAAAUUGAACAUGAUAAUCAUGGUUCCGUGAGUUUUACACAAAUCUCCCAUUUAAACGAAGGAAAGCCAUCUGCAUCACCACUGAUAGCAGCAACACAUCCACCGCAACAAGUAUAUUAUCAUCAACAGCCGACACCCGUCUACAAUGGAGAUUAUAACAAACAAUUUCAAUAUGCAGCUGUUCCACUUCGUAUUGCACCAAACUUUUAUUCUUCGCAAGGUAGUAACAUUCCUUAUGCGAACAUAAACAGAAUUCAAUUCUCAACACCGACAGCAGUUUCAGCUUUAAUCCCUUCGAUAACGACAAUUCCACAUAAAGUUUCUUUUCCAUGA